AUGGUGGGAAACCGUAUGUGGUGGUGCCGCCAGCGAAUUGACCAUCCAUUACGUCAGUUGAUGACAUUUCCAAAAGACGACCAACUUAUCUACAAGAUCCAGUUUUUAGGAUUAGAACUCGAUGAUUUACGAUCAGCCGAUUUAGGUGAAUUAAAAUCUAUGUUCCGUAAUGAACAAAUGGCAAUCAAUGCACAAGACAUUGCACGCAAAUUCCCUAUUGUCGAAAUCGACACUCGUUAUCAACCGAUUUCCGAUCAAAUCAUCAACAUCAUCAUCGAAGCAUCAUUUCCAUUCAAAUGGGAUCCACAUGUUACUCACGACACAUUGAGUUUCUGGAUCUUCAUUGAAGACGGUAACGGAGAAAAGAUGUAUCUUGCUCAAGAAGUCCAAAUUGAUCGACAUCUUGCUAAUGAUGGCUUCAAAUUCGAAUACCUUGUUCCAGUUUGUGAAAGUCAUAAGUAUUUA